AACCACUAGCUUUCAGCCCCUAGUUUCUUCCCAUUCUUUGGGCGUUUUUAUUAUCCUACUAACCUUGCCAUCUCCAUCUUCCUAUAUAACAACCAGUUUCACUCUUCUUGCUCCACCAAAACAAAACACAAGAACACUUACCAAUAAUCAAUUUUCUCUAUCAUCUAAAUUACUACAAAAUCACUUAUUAGAUUUCAAGAAUCAUUACUUAAUACACAAGAUGAGUUCAACAGUAAGCAGAGCAUGGACAGCUGCAGCAAGUGUUGGAGUUGUGGAAGCAUUGAAAGAUCAAGGAAUAUGCAGGAAUCAUACACUAAAAUCAGUUCAAAAUCAUUUGAAAAACAAUGUUAGAUCACUUUCUCAAGCAAAGAAGCUUUCAUCAGCAUCAUCCUCUUCUACUAUUGUUUCUAAUUCUAUCAGACAAAAAGCGAAUGCAAAGCAAUCAGAAGAAUCUUUGAGGACUGUCAUGUACUUGAGUUGUUGGGGUCCUAAUUAAGGGUAGCUCUAAGUUAGAUUAAGGUGUAAAUUAAGUAUUUGGUUAUAUACUUAGAGAGGUUUUAGGUGUUGUAUCUUUGUAUCUUUCACUUCUUAGAAAGUUUGAAAUUACUUCAUGUAUUGUGCAAUAUUGAAAGAGAUUGAUGUAAAUUAUGAUGAAUUAAUGAAGAUAGCAACAUUGAAUUUUUCUCCAAA